CACUUCCUGUGACGCUGCGCGUCACUUCCUCCUCAGCUCGCCGUUGGGUCAGUGGGGACCCACGCGGCCUCAACAUGCGUAUCGAGAAGUGUUAUUUCUGUUCAGGGCCCAUCUACCCCGGCCACGGCAUGAUGUUCGUCCGCAAUGAUUGCAAGGUAUUCAGAUUCUGUAAAUCCAAAUGUCAUAAGAACUUUAAAAAGAAGCGUAAUCCUCGCAAGGUCAGGUGGACUAAAGCAUUCCGGAAAGCAGCUGGCAAAGAGCUUACAGUGGAUAACUCAUUUGAAUUUGAAAAACGUAGAAAUGAACCUGUCAAAUACCAGCGAGAACUAUGGAAUAAAACUAUUGAUGCAAUGAAGAGAGUUGAAGAGAUCAAACAGAAACGCCAAGCUAAAUUUAUAAUGAACAGAUUGAAGAAAAAUAAAGAGCUACAGAAAGUUCAGGACAUUAAAGAAGUCAAGCAAAACAUCCAUCUUAUCCGAGCCCCUCUUGCAGGCAAAGGAAAACAGCUGGAAGAAAAAAUGGUACAGCAGUUACAACAGGAUGUGGACAUGGAGGAUGUUUCUUAAAAAUCUUACUCUAUAAUCAUUUCUAUGUGUACAUUUGAAAAUCUCCUUUGGAGACUUAGAAUUUAAUUCUAAAUAAUUAAUUUUUAUAUAAGGUCACUGAAGUGAAAGGUGAUUAUAAAUACUGUUCUACAUUGCUAUCUGCAAAGCAUCAGAUUAUGGAUGUUAGAUUGCACCUCAUUGUAAUGUCUUCAUUGAUAGACAUGCUUAUGUAAAUCAUGAAAAUUCUGUUCAUAAAUGCACAAGUGGAUUGUG